AUGUGUUUGUGUCUGCAGUUUUGGCUCAAAUUUGCUCCAGUGCUGAAUUCGGGAAAAGCCUGGCGGCAGCGGCUGCUGGAGGCGGAGAGGGGGGGCGCAGCAGCAGCAGCAGCAGCAGCAGCAGGGGGAGCAGCAGCAGCAGCAGCAGACUUGCUGCAGGGCCUCAACGCCGAGGAGCAGCAAGCAGCAGAAAACUUGAUAGAAGAGGAAAGGCGAAAAAGAAGUCAUUUGGUGGUCAAGUAUUUGCAUGGACUUCAACGGACCAAGGAGGUCUUGAGCUGCGGCCGUCUGUGGCAUCUUCUUUCCAAGUUUUUUUUCGACCAGACAAAUCUCAUUGAGCGGCGGGGACGGCUGCGGGACACAGUAGACCGCGCCAAGACUGCUGUCAGCUGCAUGCAGAGUUUUGUCUGCUGCGCUCUGGAGCUGCCUGGCGCAGCAGCAGCAGCAACAGGAGAUGUGCCUCCCUAUACAGCAGCACAGAAGCAGCUCAAACUUGUCAAGGCCAUGCUACAGCACGGAGCCGAUAACAAAGCGGGCGGGUCUCAGCGUUGCAGCGUGCUGCAGCUAGUGCUGCAGGAGGUGCAGCAGCAGCUGUUUGCGCAGAUGCAGCGGCAGCUGGACCUGGAGGGCUGCAGCUACGUUGCAGCAGCGCAGCGCAGCGCCGCAGCAGCAGAAGACGCGGGCGACGCAGCAGCAGCAGCAGCAGCAGCAGCAGCAGCAGCAGACGCAGGGGGCGAAGGCCGGGCCCUGGGCUGGUGGAGCAUCACUUCUGUCCAUUCAGAUCUUAUGAAAAAAAUUUGGAGAGCCCUCAGGAUUUUCUACUGCUUGGCCACCAGCUUGCCCCCGCUGCAGCUGGCCGUGUUCUUGGCCCAGAACCAGCCCGAGGUACAAAGUGUCCUACGCGACCGCAGCAGCAGCAGCAGCAGCAGCAGCAGCAGCAGCAGCAGCGGCGGGCGGGGCCUGCUAGGCGGAGAGGCAGGAGCUGCUGUGGGGUUUGGGUCGCGUUGCGUGGAGGCUUCUUUGCGGGAGCACGAGCGGCAGCAGCAGCAGCUGCUGCUGGAGUGGGGGCGGCAAGACCCGCUGCGUGCGCGGCAGCUGCAGCAGCAGCAGCAGAAGCUGCAGCUGGAGAAGGAGCGGCAGCGGGGAGUGCAGCAGCAGUCCUUCCUGCAGCCGCAGCGAGCCAUUGACUACCCGCGGCUGUUUGGCUACACGGAUUUGCUGCUGCUGCCGUUCGACCUCGAAGGCGAGGUGCUGCCGCAGCAGCAGCAGCAGCAGCAGCAGCAGCAGCAGCAGCAGCGGGACGGGGGCGCGAGCUGCAGCAGAAUGGACCUGAGCGGGAGCUACUGCGCGGGGGAGUGGCUGUACGUGGGGGGCGAGCCGCUGCUGCAUGCGUCAGAUGCUGCUGCAGUGCAGCAGCUGGUGAGCGGCUUCGUGGGGAUCGCCCCACACUUUGCUGCUCCAGUCGAUCCCCGAUCCCACGGGAACGCCUUCUACUCCGGGAUCCACUACUCCCUGGCCUUUUUGCUGGAGGCGGCGCUCAAGGACAAGCUGCGGCAGGUCGAGGCCGAACACCACACGCCCUGGGACGCGGAGGUGCUGCUGAAUCUGAUUUCGUGGAUUCUUGCAUUUCAUGUUCGUUACUUUUCUGCUUCCAAUGUUUUGCGGCAGCGGGUGCGGGCGCAGCAGCAGCAGCAGCGGCAGCAGCAGCAGCAGCAGCAGCAGCAGCAGCAGCAGCAGGAAGACGACCUGGCCGCGUGGCAGCGGCGCUGGGCGGAGCAGAUCGACCAGUCGCAGUCCGAGCAGCAGCAGCAGCAGCAGCAGCAGCAGCAGCAGCAGCAGCAGCAGCAGGAGGUGCAGCUUUUGGACCGGGUGGACAUGAUAUUUUGCAUGCAAGGGUUUGACACUCUUUUGAUUCAUGAAUUCAUUUUGGAGUGUCUGCAGCAAAGUGUGCGGGAGCAGCAGCUGCGGCAGCGCAGCGCAGCACUUUGUGCUGCUGCGCUGCGGUGUCUGCGGCAGCUGCUGCGGCUCAUGGAGCUGCAUGCGCGCUCCCGUGCUGCUGCUGUUCGUGCUGCAGUGCAGCAGCAACUUGAACGCUGGCUUGGCAGCGGGAUUGUCUCGGAGUUAUCUCUCGUGCUGCGGCGCUACAAGCCCCGCAGCAGCAGCCCCCAAGUCUUUCUUUUUGCUGCUGAGUGUUUGCUGUCAGUGCUGUCGCUGCUGCAGCAGCUGGGCGGUGCUGCUGCAGCAAGUGCUGCUGGCCUCAAGCUGCGGCGGCCCCACCGAGCAGCAGCAGCAGCAGCCACGGCCUUCUGGGACGAGCAGCAGCAGCAGCAGCAGCAGCAGCAGCAGACGCGAAUCGUCACCGUCGACGACCUCCUCAGCGACUUCUUCAGAGGAGACAUCAUUCGAAACUGCAUGUCCUUCCUGAGCAGGUACCGCUCGAACCCCGUGUCAGUGAACGCGGGGGUGGUGGCGCUGCUGCAGGAGCUGCUGCAGUACAGAG